AUGCAGGCAAGGAUGGUGGCAAUGGAGGAAGGUAAAGACCAGGCAUCUGCAAUCAGAACAAGCAUCUCCAGGACAUUGCCAUUGAGACUCCUCCUGUUUUGUUUGUUGUUCGCGGUGUUGGCCAUUGGAUUGUCGAUCAUCUGUAUGUAUUCUCUUCGGUUUUUCAUCUUCCAGCAAACAGUAGCACCAUCCACUUUUCGCCCAUGGUUUGAAGAGGUUCAUACCAUAGAAAGAUGGAUUAGGCCUCCAACAAACUUGUGGCAUUCAAUCAAUGACAAUGAACUGCUUUGGAGAGCUUCAUUUGUUCCUAAAAUCAAGCAAUAUCCCUUUUUGAGAGUCCCCAAGAUUGCCUUCAUGUUCUUGACUAAGGGGCCAUUGCCCUUGGCUCCUCUUUGGGACAGGUUUUUCAAGGGAAAUGAAAGGCAUUGCUCCAUAUAUGUCCAUGCUUUGCCAUCUUAUAUUUCUGGCUAUCCGCAAUCAUCUGCUUUCCAUAGGAGACAAAUCCCAAGUCAGAUGGUGGAGUGGGGAAAGAUGAGUAUGUGCGAGGCUGAGAGAAGACUCCUUGCUAAUGCAUUGCUCGAUAUCUCCAAUGAAUGGUUUAUUCUCUUAUCUGAGUCUUGCAUUCCUCUCUACAAUUUCAGCGUAAUCUAUCACUACAUCUCGAGAUCAAACCACAGUUUUAUGGAAUCGUACGACGAUCCCGGACCUUACGGGAGAGGCCGCUACGAUUCCCGCAUGGAACCGGAGGUCACACUGGGUCAAUGGCGCAAAGGGUCUCAAUGGUUUGAAGUUAACAGGAUGCUCGCGAUUAACAUAAUUGAGGACAACAAAUAUUAUCCAAAGUUCAAGGAGUUUUGCCAGCCAGCUUGUUAUGUGGACGAACACUAUUUCACCACAAUGUUAACCAUCCAAGUGCCUCAUCUCUUAGCCAACCGGACCCUUACAUGGACCGACUGGUCAAGGGGUGGCGCUCAUCCUGCCACUUUCGGCAAGGAUGAUAUGACUGAAGCUUUCUUUCAGAAAAUCUUUGAAGGUCAAGCAUGUCUUUAUAAUGGCCAGCCAACUUCCCUUUGUUUUCUAUUUGCUAGGAAGUUUGCUCCCAAUGCUUUGGAUCCUUUGUUAGAGUUAGCACCCAAAGUUUUCGGGUUUUGA